GUCUGACACUACUGACAUAAGUUGUGCCACUAGGAUCUUGCCAGUUUUCAUAGUGGACGGAUCGGAUUUACCGUUCCAACUCGAAAGUCCAGUCCGACGAUCAAAAUGACACAGGAGUCUGCCAAAAAGAGGGGUGGCUUGGUGGUGCAAAGUGACCCGUCAUACGAUGGCCAACCCCAGGGAUUCAUCGAGGAAGACAAUGCCUGGAGAGCCUUCCUGGAAAACCCUUUGACAGUUGCCUCCAAGGCCAUGAUGAGUGUGAAUGGGGAUGAGGACAGCGCCAAUGCUCUGGGUCUCCUCUAUGAUUACUACAAGGACAAGCGGACUGCUGGACAUCCCAAAGUAGAAGUACUCUUAGGGGAUUCUGAAUCAGACAAAACCAACUUGUCACUGCCUGUCCAGGAGUCGCCUCUGGCUAUGACCACGCUGAGGAAUGUCCCUCUGAGCACGGUGGUGCAGGGCAUCUCUGGCAGCCACAGGAAGAAGACCCAGUUCCUGGAAACAGACGCCAUGGGCUCCAUCCCCUCCUACUCGGGCAGCCCUGAGAGCACCCUGCAGUCCUACCCCUCUCUCAGUCUCCAUGAGACCCAGGGGUCCCACUCCAUCAUGACCUACAGCCGCCACCUCAACCACCACCAGUAUAGCUCCAGGAACCAGGACCCUGACUCCACCUACGCCGACUCAUACAAGGACAAUAGGAUUGAGGUGUUUCCUCAGUCUGAGGAGCUGCAGCUAAGGAUGGCGCCCAUCUCUCCCGAGCACUACUCUCCCUACAGCACAGCCUCCAGUCAACACUUUGAGUACAUGCUGGAGGCCCCCCAGUCGCUUCGCCCUAAGCACGGUUCCACGCAGAUGAGCUACCUAAACAAGGGACAGUUCUAUCCCAUCACUCUCAGGGAUCUAGGUGGUGGAAAGGUGCCUCCCCAUCAAAGUACCAGAGCAAGGAGUGUUGUGAUGCUGGUGUUUGGAGAUGAGAAGUUCACGGAAGACCAGCUCAAACACUGGCGGUACUGGCACAGCAGACAGCAUACUGCCAAGCAGCGCUGCAUUGAUAUUGCGGACUACAAAGAAAGCUUCCACACAAUUUCCAACAUUGAAGAGAUUGCCUUCAAUGCCAUUUCCUUCACAUGGGACACUAAAGGAGAAGGACGGAUCUUUGUGUCGGUGAACUGUCUGAGUACAGACUUCUCCCCUCAGAAAGGGGUGCGGGGCCUGCCCCUUAACCUCCAGAUUGACACGUACGUCUGCGGUAGCAACAGAGACAAGCCGGUACACCGGGCCUACAGCCAGAUCAAGGUGUUCUGCGACAAAGGCGCCGAACGCAAAAUCAGGGAUGAGGACAGGAAGCAGAGUCGCAGGAAAACCAAGGCCCUUGACCCAACUUUAGCAUCCCUGCAUUGUGCGCUGCAUGGGAAGCCUCCACAGGACUUUACCAUGUUCAAACCCAUGAGCGACAUGAAGACGGAGCCUGUCCUCUUCAUCCCGGACGUCCAGUACGCCAGCAGCCAGCGCCACACAGGCCUAUCAGAAGACACUGAAGAGAGCCUGGGACAGAAGAGACUGCUUUACAACACAGUAGAAGACUUUGACUAUUUGCAGAACAAAAGAACACGGAGAGAUGAGCCAGAAAAAGUCCUUCUUUACGUCCGGAAGGAAGCAGAGGAGGUGUUUGAUGCUCUGAUGCUGCGGACGCCCACUCUAGCAGGACUACUGGAGGCAGUAACAGAAAAAUAUGAGCUGCCUCUUGAGAAAAUGGGAAAGGUAUACAAGAGGUGCAAAAAAGGGAUCCUGGUUCACAUGGACGACAACAUAAUCAAGCAUUACUCCAAUGAGGAUGCCUUCCAGAUCCACAUGGAGGAGGUGGGGGGGCAGGUUCUGCUGACUCUGACUGAGAUUUGACCCCAGUCCGGGGUUGUGGAUGUAGGCAGCAUGGGCCCUAUGGAGGUUGAACUCAAGUUGUCUUUCCAAGGGCCCUAAGAACAAGAUUAGUCAUCUGUUUACACAACUGUACAGGACCUCUUCAAAGACAAUGAUAUGUUCUUGACGGCGGCCUGUCAUAUACAAUGCCCUUGGAUGUGCUACCUCUUGGAAAAAAAACAAAAAAUGAGACAUUUCAGGUUAAUUUGACUGGUGUUCAUCGGCAAUGCAACAUUUGGACUGUUCACGCCAACCAUUUGACAGAACAUUUGUGACAUUAGUAUAAAAGUAUUCUGUGAUUGAAGACUUCCGACGUGUUAAACAUUGUAUGUGUAUGUAUGUAUGAAUGCAUAUACAUAGGUAAUAUGUGUUGUAUCGUGUAUAAUUCUUUUCAUGCAGACAAUUUCACCUUGUGUUUUAGGUGAAAAUGUAUUGGUGUUUCAUUUUUCUUGUGUCAUUUGGUGUGUGGGUUUGCAAGUUUACCAAUCAUGUAAACUAAAGGCUAAUAUAUGAAUUGAUGUGUAUUUAUAUGUGCAUAGCUGGACAAUAACAGCUAUAUUUUUCUACUUGUGUACAGAAUCUCAGUGAUUCUGCAUAAAUACGAGAAAUGCCUAUCUUGCUGUGAAUGUGAAUUUUUUGUCAGAGAAAAUGUGGUAAGGAAGUAAAAGAAUACAGGAAGGGCUUGUUUAAAAAUGUUGUCUUUUGAGAAUAAACCAUAUAAAUUCUUUUCA